AUGGCAUCGCUGACAGGCUCCACAGUCACCGCCGCAUCCUUCUCUGAAGAGGAUGCCAUCGUGCUGGACAAGUGGCUCUACGACGUGUGCGGAGAAGAGGACCUCCAGUUUCCCUCGCAUCGGCGUCAGCAGUUUCCCCGUUACGUGGAGCGACUGCGCCGGGUGGCCAAGAUGAAGCAGUUUGUCGCCAACACCUUUGAGUACCCCGCACGCUCUGGCACCCGCGAAGUGCUCGUACUGCAGAGGAUGCUCGAGGCACUGGCCUUGCGCGCGCAGACGGUGGCGCGAGAAACAGAGCAGGCGAAGAGCAACGUGCGCCAAGUGCGGCGCGUGUUAGAGGAGCAGACGAUGGGUGCCUCCGCCAUUGUGGAGGAAGAGAGGGCCCACGCCAUCAGCGAAGCAGCGGAGCAGCGAAAAGCCAAAGAGGCUGCUGCUGCCCAUGCCCAAUCCUACGCCUCUUCCCCUCAACACCAGGGCUACAUGCCCCUUGACCCCGCCGCCGCAAGGGGUGACAAUGGUGCUGCGACGCCUGCGUGGAGCGGAACGGCGACCCCGAAGCCGCAGCAGGCGGACGACGAGGCUUCUGGUGAGGGCGGUGAUGCUUCGGCGACACAACAAGGUUUUUCUGCCGCUAUGCGGACGGCGCGUCGAGCCGACUACGAGAAGAAGAAAGCGCUUUCCCUCCGCUAUGUGUCAGAGAUGCAGACCAAGACGCAGGACAUGUCAAGGCAGCGGGCGGAGAUGGAGCAGCGACACGCACGUCUGCUAGCUGAUAAGGAGCGGUUGGAAGGAGAGUACGAUGCACUGCAGACAACCGAGAAGCUGGUCGUGGCCCGCCACCAAGAGACCGAGUCCCGCAAGAAUGAGGAGACGCUGCUGCUUAGUGAGGAAGCAGCCAUGUACGCAGCGGAGGAGGCAGCAUUCGACACGGCAUGGGCGGAGUGCGCUGUGCUACUCGAUGAGGAACCAUCAGCCCUGUGCAGCACAGGUGAGCCCGAGUGCAGAGCAGAGAAGUCGCACUUGCCAAUCGAGGUGUCGCAUUGGAUCUCGCCGGCGCCACAGGGGCCAUCGCUCUCCGCGCUGUCUCACCCCAGCUCUGCUCCACCACAUCCGCUCUCUGGCACUUUAUCACCGGCACACUCUUCCUACGGCGGAGAUCCUGGCGACGCGGGCGCUGCGGCGCCUCCGGAUACGACUUCACCAACAGCGGCAGCCCCAAAUCAGGGGGAUAACACCAGGAACCACUCCGGUUCCCCGUCCAGCCAGAGCCCUGGCGAUGGCGCGAGUGGCCCCGCGCCGCCGUUCUCUUCGCCACCCCUGCAACGACAGACCCUCGAGGCCCUGCGCCACCGCCUGUCUGAGAUCGGUUCCCGCACCACCAGAUGCCGCCGACAUCUGCUGAAUGAGGGACAUAUUCAUCUCGAACGCUUUCGCCAGUCCCAGCAACGACUUGAAGAGUGGCAGAAUAUGGCCGCGCAGCUGCGCCGCUCGCACCAUCAGCUGUGCGGACAGGUGAGCGUCAUCCACACCGUUCUGUCCGACACUGCAAGCCGACUGGAGAACAGCGGUGCAACAGCACAGUACACUGGCUAUGGCACUCAGCUUUCACGGCUCAAAGCACUCCUGCAAGAGCGGUCCAACGAGACGCUGCAAUACUACCUGGGCAACCGCGAGGACGCCACGAUGGACAUGCUGUUCGACGCGAGCGCCGAAGAGGAGCUGCGCGAGCUGCAGCGACCCUCGCCCUCCAAAGGGUCGGCGGGCGGGGGCCUGACACCUGUUUGGGGCGUAUCAGCAUCCGUAUCCAAUUCCACUUCGCUGAAGCGUCAGAGCUCCACCGCCACCUCCAACCACUCCCGCGACGACAUGCUGCCGUCACCUGCGUCCUCGCGCACGCCUGUGCGCGGGACAGCGAACGGCGGUGGCCCAGCUGCAGACGCACCCAGCAGUGGUGCCAAGAGCUGGAGUAGUACCGAGCUGCCGCACCGCCAUCGCAGCCGCUAUGAGCUCGUUCGCCAUCUGCAGCGGUGGGAGUCGAUGCUCCUGGCGGAUCGGCUGGCGAUCUUGAAGGUGGCGCGCAUGGUGCCCGGCCCCUACAGUGGGACAGGGGCUAACACAAAGCAGGUGGCCGGCUUCAGCGCUGCGCAGGCCUACCAAGAGCUCUGUGCGCUGCUGCUACAGCAAAUGAACCCUGCUGCUCCGUCGGCCUAG